GUUGUAAACAAACUCUCAAGAAAUAGUUUGGCGUCUGUCUCGGAAAUUUUUCUGAAAACGCCCUUUUCUCCUUUUUAUACAUCUCCAUGAACAGAUAGUGCAAGGACAACGACAAUGGGUCUUUGCGGUGACAGUACAAGCCCCAUGAGAGAGGAGGAGCGGCGACCUACAGAUGUUAUUUGGCUCAUAUUUUUCUUCCUUUUCUUAGCACUUCUGAUAUUCAUUGCGGCCUUUGCCUUGGUGUAUGGAGAUCCACUGAGAUUAGUGAAUGGAUAUGAUAGUUUUGGAAAUGUAUGUGGAAGCAGUAAUGCAGACAUGGCAGACCACAAUGAUAGCAGAAUGAGUUUAUCAGGUUAUGAUACAACAGAUCGCAGAUACGUUUUCUUCUUCGACGUCCAAGACCUGAGCGGUUCCACAAAGGUGUGUGUGAAGGAGUGCCCAGACCAGACACUCCACACCUUCCAAGACAUACAGGACUUCUACAUGCGCACAGGCUCACAGCUUUGCAGGUACGAUUACACAAAGCAUGAAGAAGACAUUAAUAAGAUGCAGUCCAUCAAUGCCCGACAGGCCAACGAGAGCUUGCCAUCUCCAAAAUGUCCAAGCCCCUCCAGAUAUCACGUUUUUAUUCAUGUUUACAGCAAUCCAGUGCUGAAUCGGUGUGUGCCAGUAGAAGGUGAAGGGCCGGCAGGUCUUGUGUACAAUCUCUAUGGAUACCUGAACUCUUUGGAUAUUCUGGAACAGGUGCUUGCAGAUCUCUAUGCAUCCUGGCAUCUGGUUCUUAUUUUCAUUUUCAUUACCCUUGGUAUCUCCUGUGUGGUGAUGCUGUUGUUGCAUUACAUGGCAGGACUCGUGUCAUAUGCCAUCAUGAUUGCAGUCAUGAUUGUUUCAACUGCAUUGACGGUUUUGUUGUGGUGGAGCUACAUCAGUGUUCAUCUGCAGCUGGAUAAUGCUCCACUAGAUCAGAUACUGGAAGAGACAGUGCGCAAUGAGAGAGCACUCUUGAUCUAUGCCAUCAUUGCAACAGUAAUGACUGUGGCUUUGCUGGCUCUGGUGCUGUAUGUUCGACCACACAUAACAAUGGUGGCCGAACUAUUCAAGCACGCAGGGGCCUGUCUGACUCGCCACCCAGGGUUGCUCCUACAGCCUGUGAUUACAUUCUUCGUGCUCUUAGCCUUCUUCCUUUUCUGGGUGUGGGUCCUGAUGUCACUUGCCACAGCCAGUGUCCAUGCAAAGUUAAAGGGCUACAUCCAGCUGUUGUUUGACUUUUGCAAAUCAUGGGUCUUGGGUACCCCCCAGCGUAUCCUCGAGUAUGUUGACCCAUCGUGGGUGCGCUCCAUGUGGUGGGUUUGGGUCCUGGGACUAGUUUGGGUUGCUGAGUUCAUCCUAGCCUGUCAACAGAUGAUCAUUGCAUCAGCAGUUUCAACGUACUAUUUCUCAAGGCAAGAAGGCCGUGGCAAAGUUCGGCACCCCAUUUGGUGGUCAUGGCGCACCCUUCUUCUCUACCACCUUGGUACAGUGGCAAAGGGAUCACUUCUCAUCACCCUUUGCAAGCUACCUCGCCUGAUAAUACAGUGGAUUACCAAAAAAUGCAAGGACCCAGAACAUAGCUGUGCAAGAUGUGGGCUAAGACUCUGCUGUUGCUGCCUCUGGUGCUUUGAACACUUCCUCAAAUACAUGAACCACAAUGCAUACACUGUUACAGCAACAAGAGGCACUGCAUUCUGCGAGUCUGCCAAGAUUGCAUGGCGUGUGGUCCUGACAAACAUGCUCCAGGUGGCUACAGUGAACAGCAUAGGUGACUUGACAAUUUUCUUGGCCAAAAUCACAGUAACAGCACUGGUAUGCUGCAUUGCCCUCCCAGUACUACAUGCCAACCCCACUCUUCAUCUUUAUGCAGUACCACUAAUUGUUACAGCUGUCUUUGCAUUCUUCAUCACCCACUGUGUUUUCUCUGUUUAUGAGAUGGCAGUUGACACUUUGUUCUUGUGUUUCUCUGAUGACUACAACACUUACGACACCACCGACGGGCGUGAGUUGGUGGCCGACAAAGAGCUGUAUGAGUUCAUGGUGAAGCACGAAGACAUUGACAGAAAGAACUCGAGAAAGCCAAGGCGCCGUGACCCUCCUGAGACCAUUCGGUUCAAGGAAGGGGCCGUGUGAAGGCAGAGGAAGUUUCUGACAAUGCUUGCCGCUGCAGAAACUGAUUCCUUUUUACAUGCUCCGCCCCUCUCCGAGACGGAAUAUUUACUAUGACUUUGGUAACCAAUGAUGGUUUAUAGAUUUAAAGAUGAAUGCAAUAAAGAUUAUAAUCAAUAGAUUGUUGCAUAUGACAGUAACACAUUUUUAUGUGUAACUCAUUGCAGUCAUGCUGUAGUAAGGAUUGACUCUGAUAAUCAUUGGCAGAUAUCAUAGUAUGAAAUUAAUGUAACACUAAUGGAAUGUAAGAAUAGUAUUCAUAUUUAAAUGAAAUGUUCAUAAUUAAGGAUAUGGUAAUGACUUCUAGAAAGUAUCUAGGGUGUGGUAAUAGAUAAGAAGAUGUAUUACUUAACAGGCAACAGUAUUGACAGAAAUUGCUAAUUACAAUAAGCUCAAUAAUUGAUAUCAGAACUCUUAUUUGUAUUUUCAGGAAAAAUAUCAGUAAGCACAGGGAACUCUUUAAGGAGACUUUUAGGUUAUGUUAUAAUUUCUUACUAAUAGUUUUCCUAGCAAUAGUUCUACUAAUGAGAGGAGUCAUACAUACCAUCCAAAGUGUAUAUUUUACUUAGGGAACUUAGACCUGAUUCUAUUUUCUUUUCUUUCUUUUUUUCUCCUACUCCUUGAUCAUUUCACAUCAUCCUUGUGUUCUUUUUGAUGUGUUACUGGCUUCUUGUUUUUUUCUCUCUCUCUCUCUCUCUCUCUCUCUCUCUCUCUCUCUCUCUCUCUCUCUCUCUCUCUCUCUCUCUCUCUCUCUCUCUCUCUCUCUCUCUCUCUCUCUCUCUCUCUCUUUCUCUCUUUUUCUCUCUUUUCCACCCAUACUAUCUGCCAUCAGUGUACUUAUUACUUUUGUGUAAAUAGGUUUUCUUUCUUUUUAAGUGAUAAUCUGCUGUUAAUGAUACUGGAAUAUCAUCUGUGAUAUUUCAUGGUCAUUUAGAAAUUCCUCUUUAUAUUUUAAGUCUGUGAUUUUUUAAUAUGUGAUAAAACUAUUUUCAUCUAAAUGAAAUUUUCCUCUUCUCAACUAAUAUCUAUAUAUUUGUACUUUUUACAUUUGCGUGGACAUGUUUUAAGAAAAUAUGUGAUUUGGCAAUAGGGAAAAGCUAGAAUUUAUUUUGAUAUAAGAAAUCAAAUUUAGUUUCUUCUUUUGGUCAGAAUUCUUCAGAGAUUUGCAAGUGAUUUUGAUGGCAGUAGCACAGAUAUUGAACAUUGCAGCUGGUAACAUUAAACAAAUUAUUUUGUUAUGAACCCUGCAUACUGGGUCACAACUCAUCAUCCACUAUACCUGAAGGAUAGUACAAGACAAAUUUGUACCACUUGUUUUGUUUUGUUUUGUCUGUUUCAUUUUGUGAUGAAUUCUAUGCAAAUGCAAGAUAUGUUUGUAUAUACAAAUUCACCUUCCCAAAUUUGGUAAUUGGUAAGCAAUUAGUGACCUCUAAAUGCUCUAUUGUGGUGAUCCACCAUUUGUCCAGCAUACAUUAUAAGUACCCUGUGCAAGUUUGUUAGUCUCAUCUCACCAUUACACUUGUAAUGGUGUCCUCACAGUCAUUUAGGAUCAGACUUACAUUUCAGAGAAAUUUUAGUCAAGUGAUGGAUAUGGAAAGCAGAGGCAUGACACUAGCUUGUUAAUACUCAAAAGAGGUUAGUUGAAAUAUUGGAGAAGCUGUUUUUGGUGUUGCGAGUGAGUAGCCAGCUACUCACUAUAAUGGAGGAUUUCAAGAAAGGUUUGGGCAUUGGCAGUUUUUCUAAUUCAUGUUACUGGUACUUUUUUACACCUUUUUAUUUCUUCUUCUCAUUGCCCAAACAGUCAUUUUUAGCAUAGAAAUUGCUGUUUUGUUUUGUGUAAAAGAAUAUAAAUUAGGGAGUCCCAUAGGUGUAAGGCUGAGCAAAAAGGAACUGAUUUGGUCUCAAAUCAUUGUGAUGAACUUUUGCAGCUUGGAAAGCAUUUUUAUUUUUUGAUCUUUUGUCAAUACUUGAUAAAUUCUGAUUGAUACAUCUGUCAGUAAUGAGUGAUUGAUAUACAUCAAAAAUUGCAAAUGUGUAGAUUAUCAACCAAAGGUUCAAUGAAUGCUGAACAUAUUUUAUGAAGGAAAAUAAGAAUAUGUUCAAGUACUGGUGACCUGUGAUUUUCACCAUAGGGAUUUUUCCUUCUAUAAAUGUGGAAAAAAGUGCCUGAAUGAAAUAAUAAGGAAAAUUAUCAUGUACCAAGAGAAAAGACAACAAUAGAAAUAAAAGACAUAAUGCAAUUUUAAUGUACCAAAGGUUAUCAGUCUCCAUUAAGUAAUCUUUUUGUUCGCACUUUUUGAUCCAGAAAUAUUUGAUAAGAUGUAAAUAAUUGUUAUAGUAGGUUAAACUUGUGCUUGGUUUGCAUCAGAUAUAUUCCAUCCCAAUAUUAGCAAAAUGUACUUACAAAAUUUGUAAAGUUAUUGCACAAAAAACAUAAUGGAAUGCUUAAACUUCAAAUGGAAAAUUAAUACUCCCUCUUUGGGGUUAAGAGAAGAAUUAUUUUCCAUUUUUCUUAUUUUUGAUGUUUGAUUCUAUUACAGAUUCUAUCAUGUUUUUUUUUUAAUGGAAAUUUUGUAUAUUUUAGUACCUUUAUAACUUCAGUUUCGUGUACCAUAUAUUUCUUUAGAUGUUAAUGGAAUGGAAUAACUGUGAAAAAAAAAAAAAAAUUAAAAAGCACAUCUUUGUGACUAUGAUAAAAAGCCAGGGUUUUGGCAAAGUAACAGUGUAUUCACAAGAACUAGGGAUGUACAUGACACAGAAAUUUUGUAAUGCAAGUGUUGAUAUGUCUUAUAAUCAAAUAUUGUUAAAAAAGAAUUAACUACCUAUAGAUCUGUAAUUUACCGUUGUUCUGAAAUAGAACAAAAGCCUUAGGUCUAAUAAUUUUCUUUCUUUUUUGUUUUGUUUUGGUAAUUACUUUCAUGGCUCUAGAAAGGAGAUGGCACAGCUAGAUUAGCCUUCUUUAUUUCGUGGUAAACUAGCUAACGGGUGUUUUGCUGUGUAACUCCAAGACUUCCCUUGUGAGUCUUGUCAAGUUAAAAUUGGCAAUGUUAAAAAAAAGAUGAGACAUUAUUUUUGGUAUGCAGAAAUGUGUAGACAUUCCAUAAAAAUUGAUGUUUUUUUUUUUUUUUUUUUUUUUCUUUUUGGUUCUUUUUUUUAUCUCAUCUAUUUAGACCAGUAAGUAAUGUGCUGAAUAAUGCUUGGAUGUAGUUCUCAAAAUACUUAAACUAUUGUAGGUGAUGUGCUAAAAAGUCACAGGGAACCAUGACUUCAGAAGGAAAUGUUUUUAUUUUUUAAAGGAAUGUAAACCAUGUAAUAAUGAAAGAAGAAAAAGUAAA